UUCGUUAUCCAGUCAAGUCUUGGAAUGAAGUUUUCGACUUUAGUUGCCUGCUUGAUUGUGUGCCUCUCGGAUCUUAAGGGUUCCGAUGGGAUUUCCGCGGUUCCUUGUUCCCAAGCGGGCUCAGAUCUGCAAGGCAGCUUCGUAAAUGCGGAUCAGUCUCCAGUCAGCACCUCACCAUUAGCACCCCUAUUAAACAAUUUAUGUUCGACGUCAACACUCAACACACUACCCCCUUCAGCACUCGUGUCAAUCGUAAACACGCUGUCAGCAACACCUGAGCUCUUCAAAACGUUGCCACCUCCUACGCUCGCAGCUCUGUUGAGUGCUGUCUCAUCGUCGCAGCCGGUGCUGAAUGAACUAUUACCUAUCUCAAUUCUCGUCUUGCUUGCCGCUGUCUCUUCAGCCAACCCCACGUCGAUUUCCAGUGUACCGAAAGACGUGCUAUUUCCGUUGUUGAAGAAGUUGUCCUCUUCCGGUCUACUGCCGCCGAUUGGUUCCGUGAAACCGGACACAGUUUUCACUCAACUACCGCCCUUGCCACCACCGGCACCACAAAUCAUAGUUCCCGGCCCAGCCUUAGGUCCCAUGUACAUAAAUCUACCAAACAAACCGCCCAGACCCCCGCCAAUCAUCAUACCAACUGGACCCCCACCAUCUAUCGUCGUGUCCAUCCCCCAACCGUACCCAGCCCCACCACCUUUAAUCAUGCCUUACGGUACCCCUGGACCAAUAGUGAUUAACGAAGGACUGAACACUGGUCCUCAAUCCACUCCAACUGCAGUAUUACCCGCCCCUGAAUCACAAAAAAUAUUUUUUACCACACAUCCGUCAAAAGCAUGCCUCAACUCGAUCAACGGUAAACAAUCGUCACAAGACUAUUGUCAAUCACAAUUUGAAAUUCCGAAAGUGUAUGCGUUACCACCCGGUGUUAUGCCUAACCAAUAUUUCCAGCAGUUGCUAGAAAAGGUGCCUAAAAAAUGA